AUGUCCUCGCGAGCCCUUCGCAAACUGCAGCGAGAGCAGGAAUUACAAAGACAAGUCGAGGCUGCCAAAAAGGCGUACGAGGAGGCGGAAGAGUCAGAGGACGAGGAUGAUAUCCCCAGGCCACCCUCGCGGCCCAUGAAUGCCUUUGACAUGCUGGAGGACGCGGAUGAUCAAAACGAGUCUGAUGAACAUGAACACGAGCCCAUAUCCCGCCCAGAAGCUACAGAAAAGCCCGGUACGAACCUACCGAAAGAGCCAGCAUCCGCCCCUCUAGCUAAAUCUAAGAAGAAAAAGAAAAAACCUAAGAAGAAAGGCAAAGGGAAAGUAGAAGAACCAAAGGUGCAGACCGAGGAAUCCGGCGAUGAAGUUGACCGGGCCUUGAAAGAGUUGGCUGCGAAAGAAGGGCGAGCGCAUGCGUCGGCUACCCAGAACCAAGAGACAUCGACCUGGGAGUCGAGAGCAACCAGACUUCUGGCCAUUGACUCUCACAACCUCAACCCUGUCAACGAAAUGAAAAACCUGUUUGGUAACAUUGCACUUGAAGGACAAGAGUCUCGUUCUUCACCUCGCAACCAACGCCGCCGGGAACAGAACCUGCAGGGCGGAGUCGACCUGGCGACUGCACUUACCGGAAGAUAUUGUGUGGCUAGCAGAGGUAAAGAGCUAGGAGCUCUCGCACAUAGGCGAAACGUCUUUGUCCAGGGGAAAGAAGAGUGGCCCUUGGCCACGAGUGGAGGGUUGAGCAUGGAACUGGUCAAACCAGACGCCUCGGAAAAGCAAUACAACAUCAUGCACAACAACACCUAUCGGGAGACACAACUUCAUUUCCGCAUGGCUGUCGAAUCGAUGGAUCCUCAGAGAAUGGUCGGUCUCCUAUCCAUGUACCCGUACCAUAUUGCCACUCUUUUGCAAGUCUCCGAGAUUGCGAAGCAUCAAGGUGAUCAUGCUGUCUCGGGAGAUCUUGUUGAACGCGCAUUGUUCUCCUUCGGCAAGUCCGUUCACAGCAGCUUUCCCGCUUCCCUCAGGAACGGGGUCGCUCGCGUACCAUUUAACAAACCAGCCAACCGAGAACUAUAUCUCGCAAUAUGGCGGUACAUCAGAAAUCUUGAGAUGCGAGGAACGUGGCGGACCGCAUUUGAGUGGGCUAAAAUCCUUCUUCAGCUCAAUCCGCUCACAGAUCCUUAUGGAGUCACGUUGAUGAUCGAUCAACUUGCCUUGAGAGGCCGGCAACAUGCGCAACUGAUUGCUCUCUGCUCGGAUGAUGCAUAUGGCCAAGCGUGGGAUUUUCUGCCCAAUAUUCAAAUAUCUCUCGCAUUGGCCUUUCAACGAUCCGGCAAACCACGAGAUGCUCGUCUUCGCCUCGCUGUUGCAAUGCACAAAUACCCUUACAUCUUAUCCGCUCUCGCUUCUGCACUCGACAUCUCACCGCUUCCCAAGUCCCUCUGGGCAAAGUUACCAUCCACUGACGCCGAAAAGCUCUACACUCAACUUUACGUCACCCGGGCAAAAGACCUGUGGAACACCCCGGAAACUAUCAGCCUGCUUGCUGAAGUGGCGGAGACUCUUUCUCACUACAGCGACGCCAUUUCUGCCGCUCCGGAAGCACCCAAGUUGGAGAUCUCCCUCGAAGAGGCCAGGCACAUCAUGCUCCUCGAGAUUCCCCCAUUAAUUGCCCUGCUUCCACGUCGGUUUACCACUAUGCCAACUUCAUCGUCCGAUGUUCUCCCUCCUCCCGACUCAUUGUCCGACUUUGUUGCUCGAGCUCCGGGCGCUGGUCCUACGCGAGGAGCUGAUGGAACUAUGCAAGCCAUCUUCAACGCCGCAGGAGCCACUGCCGGCACAGCGGGUAGCCUCCUAACGCGAAUCAUGAAUUGGUUCCAGCAGCCAGCAACCGCAGAAGACGCAAACACAGCGGGCGAGUCAGAGGGCCAAGCUGCACUUCGCGCGCUGCAAGAGCAACUUGGUGGGAAUGUGCCUCCAGAAAUGAUCGAGGAGCUUCUGAGGAUUCAUCUAGAUGACGCGGAGGAACUGGAUGAGGGUGUUACGCCUGAGGGGUUAGGGAUGGCUGGCGGAUGGGACUACUAUGUGGAUGCCGAGGCAAAUAAUUCGACCGCCAGUGGUGAUGAUGAUGAUGAUGACAGUAUGCCGGAAUUGGAGAGUACUCUCGACACAGAGGCGACGACAGCUCAAACAGGACAGCCACAUCCUCCACACUCAGCAAUGGUUGAAGACGCGGACGAGGAAGACGAGGGCGAUCAAGAAAGAGCACCUCAGCGUGUCUUGACCAGUGGUAGUGCGGUGUUGCGACGCGUUGACUCGGAUGCGGAAGAAGAACAAGCAGACGACGAUCGCGAAGCUCCUCAACCAAGACAGGCUCGGCCUGCCCAAGCUUCGCGACCCCAAGAGCCGCCAGCUUCGUCACAGCCAGCCAAUGACACUGCAGCGUCAGAACCAGACCAAGAAUAUCUCGACCCUCAGCGCCUCCAACGCUGGCUCCUCACCAACGGCCUUGACGAUCUGCAAUCCCACCCGACCAGUCCGGAGCCGUUACAAAAGUACCUGGACCGAAUGAGGCUGUUGGGUACAAAGCAACAGGACUGGAUCGUGAGGAUGGUCAGACAAAGGGCCGGCGAGGCCGUCGAAAGACGGGUCCGGGAAUCGCUGGAGCGUGGUGGAGCAUAA